GUCACCAAUGUAAAUCAUCAUUAUUCGAAUUGUUAUCGAAUUCGAAUAUCUGUCAUCAUUCGUGAAAACAUAUUUUUCGAAUAAACAACAUGCACAUUAAACGAUUAAUUUUGAUUAUCUUGAUUGAUUUUAUCAUACCGGGACAAUCAUUAAAAUGUUAUAUUUGUGAUUAUAAUAUAAAUUAUUGUAAAACACCACAUUGUUAUAAUAAUUAUGAUGUUUGUAGUGCAAAUCAAUUUGCAUCGGUUCUUGUACCGAUACGUGAAUGUCCAAGAAAUUGUAUGCUAAAAGCUGUUACAAAUCCGGCCGGUAUUGUAUUGAAAUGGAAACGUUUAUGUGCACCCGAAGAUGAUUAUACUAGUGGUUUUAGUUGCCGUAUUGAUUAUGUUUUUGGUGCACGUAUUGAACAAUGUACCUGUGAUAAAGAUUUUUGUAAUCAUACCGGAUCGAUGAUUAAAAAACAACAUUAUUUUCAUUUAUUAGUAUUGAUUAUUCUUAUUAUUUUUAUAACUAUUUGAUAAU